GACAGCGUCGGCUGAACAAAAGAUAGAGGAGCCGCUUCAGAGGGACAGACACGCACGAGCCGCGCAGCCCGUCGGCACGUCAGAGGGAGAACAGACGGAUGUUUUGUGGACGGCGUGGUUGUCCAAUGUAUCCGGCGUGAGCUACAAUGUAUCCGGCGUGAGCUACAAUGUAUCCGGCGUGAGCUACAAUGUAUCCGGCGUGAGCGCGCUUCGUGUCCGUGUGUUCUCAGGCGCAGCGCCGCGGUCCGUUCUCCUCGCUUCCUGCCUCGCAGCCUAGUUGUCAGCAGCAGCAGCUGCACGGUGGUGGUGGUGGUGGAGCAAAAGAAGAAGAGAAGAAGAGAGGAAGCGACAAAAAAGAGGCACGAUGGUCGCCGGUGAGCUCGUGCAGGAGCAUCUGCGCGCGGACACCGGCGCCCUUGACGACAUCGCGCUCGGCCGGAAGAGUCCAGAGCCGGUGGAAGCAGCGGAUCCGACGUACGGCGCGGCACCGACGGGCGGGGCCGGCGGGGAGACGGAUGCCGACCGGGAGAAGCAGCUGCCGCCGGAUGAGAGAGAGGCAAUGCUGCCCGAAGGAGAAGGAGGAGGAGAGGCGCCCGAGACGCGGCUGUACCGGCGCCGGUUCGCCGUGCUGGCCGUGUUCGGCCUGUACUCCCUGGUGAACGCCUUCCAGUGGAUCCAGUACAGCAUCAUUGCCAACGUGUUCACGCGCUACUACGGCGUGAGCAACAUCAUGGUGGACUGGCUCUCCAUGGUCUACAUGGUCGCCUACGUGCCGCUCAUCUUCCCGGCCACCUGGCUGCUGGACCGGAAGGGUCUGCGGCUCACCGCGCUGCUGGGCGCCGGCUUCAACUGCGCCGGCGCGUGGCUCAAGUGCGCCAGCGUGAGCCCCUCGGGGUUCGGCGUCACGGUGGCCGCGCAGGUCGUCUGCUCCGUGGCGCAGGUGUUCAUCCUCGGCCUGCCGUCACGCGUCGCCUCGGUGUGGUUCGGGCCGCGCGAGGUUUCCACCGCGUGCGCCGCCGCCGUGCUGGGGAACCAGUUGGGGACCGCCAUCGGCUUCCUGUUGCCUCCGGUGUUGGUUCCCAAUACGCUCGACGACAUCGAACUCACGGGGCGCAACAUCAGCAUCAUGUUCUACGGCACCGCCGCUGUCUCCACCGCCCUCUUCGUCCUCACUGUUAUAGUGAUUAAGGACCGCCCCCUCCUCCCUCCCAGCCACGCCCAGGCCGUCCUGCCGUCCUCCCCCACCGAAGAGUACUCCUACAAGCAGUCCAUCGUGAACCUGAUGAAGAACAAGGCGUUUGUGCUCCUCCUCGUCACCUACGGCAUCAUGACCGGUUCCUACUACUCGGUCUCAACACUUCUCAAUCAGAUGAUCAUGGCCUGCUACGAGAGCCAGGAGUUGAAUGCUGGGAGAAUCGGUUUGACUCUGGUUGUCGCCGGCAUGGUCGGCUCCAUCCUCUGUGGCGUGUGGCUGGACCAGACCAAGAUGUACAAGAUGACGACGCUGAUCGUGUACGGCCUGUCGUUCCUCGGCAUGCUGGUCUUCACCUUCACUCUGGACCUGGACAACAUCAUCCUGGUCUUCUUCACGGCCGGAGCUCUGGGGUUCUUCAUGACGGGUUACCUGCCGCUGGGCUUCGAGUUCGGGGUGGAGAUCACGUACCCGGAGUCUGAAGGGACCUCGUCAGGACUCCUCAAUGCCUUCGCUCAGUUAUUCGGGAUCGUUUUCACUCUGAUUCAGGGCAAACUGACCACAAACUACAAUCCACGGAUUGGAAAUAUCUUCCUCUGCGCCUGGAUCUUCCUGGGAAUACUGCUCACCGCCUUAAUUAAGUCAGAACUGAAAAGACACAAUGUCAACAUGGAGGUGGACAGCAAGCACAUGAAAGCACUUCCUGCCCACCGCCCCUCGGAGGAGAAGACCAACAGCGUCAAUCUGGAGCCCUCGUCCAGCUUCUCCCGGGAAACCUCACUGUGACCCCCCUGUGACCCCACUGUGACCCCCCCUCCCCCCCACCGAGGACGACCUGCGACGACCUCCCCUCCCCCGGGGGGCUCGCUGGCACCGCUACCUAAAGAAAAGGCUCACUUGAUUCAUUAUCUUUUAUUUAUUAAUUGCCAAGUAGUCAAGCACAGGGGGGGGGGGGGGGGGGGGGGGGCAACGCUCCGAACACUUGCAAAGAAGAUUUCCAAUUUCAUAAAAAAUAAUACAAAAAAGGAUGCAGAAGAAGAUCUCACGGUUCGGUUUGGAGUGAACCGGUCUGAGAUCUGUUCGGGGCUCACGGUGACGCGCCGACGGGCAGCUGCGAAACACUCGAGUUUGUUUCGGUCUCCAUGACGAUGGGCAGACUUUACGGCCGAGGAGGGCCGGUCCACACAUGAAUGUUGUCUCUUUAUUGGCUGGAAUCCACAAACAGCUGGAGGCGUAAAGAGUGAGAUUACUGGGGUACUGGACUACCGGGGUUCUGGACUACUGGGGUACAUGACUACCGGGGUACAUGACUACCGGGGUUCUGGACUACCGGGGUACAGGACUACCGGGAUAUUGGACUACCGGGAUACUGGACUACGGGGUGCGUCCCCGAGCUUUUCCUUCCCUCAACCCGGCGCCAUGCGAGGAGGAGGUACCAAUCAAAACGUUUCAUUGUGCUAUGAAGGUGUCCCGACUUAUGGAGAAGUGUAAUAACCAUCUGUAAUAACCAUCCGCAGUAGUAGAAUAGAAUAUGUUUCAUACGUGUCCUCCAUGCACAAACCACGACGGACCAAAUAUGAAGAGUUUAGUGCUCAAUAAGAAAAACACGCACAACGUCACGUUUUAUACUCUUAGAGGCGUGAGUUUGUACGGACGGUAGGACGGCGCCAUCUGGUGGGCGUUGUCAGUAGUAACCAAAGGGGAGAAGCACAAGAGAGAAACAGAAGCUCGUGAAUGAAACCCGUCUGAUUCUUUCAUAAUUUAUUACUAAACAUAUUGUCUUCACUUCGGUUGAAUAAAACUUUUAAAGUUUCAAAAUAGAUGCGAAAUGUGUAAUUCAUCUAAUUCGAGUUGUUUUUAUUUGACACACCUGAUGACAGGAUUAACUUUAUUAUUUAUCGUAAAUUAUAGAAUUUGUUUUAUAUUUAUCCCCUUUUCAAACAAUCAGACUUUUAUAUUUUUGGGUUCCAUAUUUUGCCUUUUUAAAAAAUUCAGAGCAUUAAUUACUGUCAACAUUUAAAAAAAUUAAUCGAAGAAACUAUUAAAUGUUGUUAAUGAAUUGUUAUGAGUUAUCCCUGACGAAGAAUAUUAAUCGAGCGUUGACUUGAUGAGCACAAAAACGUACUUUUUACUUUUCUUGACACUCUUCCGUUUAUCUAUUUAUUUGGUUUUAUUUAUUAAGCCUUAUAAAAUAAUUUCAUGUGUGUACUUUUUUCUAUUUUCUGUAACUUAACAAAUGAAGAUCUUACAUUUGUUUGUUUGUAUAACAAUCCGUAGAACACUUAUGAGUUUUGACUUAUGUUUCAUGUGAUUUAUUUAUAGGCUACCUAUUAGAAAUUAGGAAAGGGUUAAUUAAUAAUGAUUGUUUUAGUCAUCAGGCGGAAAAAUACUGAGAAUUCAACUUGUUUGACACGUGAAACAUUUAAUAUUUUAUUAUGGUCUACGGUUUGCUGUGCUAUAUUUGUGUUUUUCAAUAUUGCACUGUGUGUGUUUUUCAACAAUGGAGCUCUCAGGCUUUCAUACACUCUCGUUCGCAGGAUCAAUUCCUUAUUGAUUUGUUGACAAUAAGAAAAUAUGAAAGCCGUGUCCGUACAUUUAAACCGUCGUAGAUACUUUAAUUCUAAAUGUUUCCCCGUGUUUUAUGGACGUCACCGUUUCAUUCAUCUGUGAAGCUGCUGCUGGUUUUUAUGUCAUUCUCAUCAUUAAUAACCAGUCACGUAUACGCAGAAGGCGCCGGGUCAAAUCACCACAAUAAAAUCAUUUUACUCUG